AUGACUAUAGACCAGACUCCAAGCUUUGAUAGAAUCCCAAUCUGGUUGGACUGUGAUCCGGGCCACGACGACGCCGUUGGUGUCCUGAUGGGAGCGUUUCUCCCACAGUUCGAGCUACUUGGGAUCAGCGCAUCCUACGGAAACGCGCCACCGAAAAAGACAGCCUACAACACGCUCUCGCUGCUAACUGCGAUGGGAAAAACUCGAGACAUCCCAGUUUAUGCUGGAGCUCAGAAGCCUUGGGUGCGGGAGGCCAGAUACGCACCGGACAUACACGGCGAGUCUGGUCUUGACGGAACUACUUUACUACCGAUCCCAGAUGUCCCGCUUUGCACUGACGUGAGUUAUCUAUGCGCCAUGGAAAAAGCCAUUGAGGCUCACGCGGGACGCAUCUCUGUCGUCUCAACGGGGUCGUUGACCUCAGUCGCGACGCUCCUUGAUCAGAGGCCGCACUUGAAACCAAAAAUAAAGUUCAUCAGCAUAAUGGGCGGAGGAAUCCACCAGGGUAACAGCAACAUGAACGGCACAGCGGAGUUCAAUAUAUGGAUUGAUCCCCAAGCAGCAAACUCGCUUUUCAGAGACCCUGCUGUCAACCACAAAUGCAUUCUAGUGCCAUUAGAUUUGACUCACAAAGCUAUUGCAACUAAGUCCGUCGAAGAAAGAGUCUUGGGUGAUGGGUCAUCGAACCUGAGAAAGCUGUUCUACGAGCUCUUUCUCUUUUUUGCCAAGACGUAUGAAAAUGCUCAGGGGUUUGAGACAGGUCCUCCUGUGCACGACCCGCUGACUUUAAUGCCCCUUUUACAAUUCUAUGGUUUAAAAAGUCCAAGAGAUGUUGGUUUUGUUUACAAACGCUUGGAUUUGCUCGUUGUUGAAGAUGAGAGUGACCAGAAUUUGGGCCAAACCAAGGUUUUGAGCGAAUACAGCUCCGAAUCGUCACGAGGAGCCAUUGUAGGGUUUGAACUCAACAUUGACUACUUCUGGGGCCAGUUCCUUUCCGCGCUAGACAGCGCCUCCAUAAAUUCUCCAUUAUAA